AUGGCAGAUCAACAGAUUAUUCGCUUGAGUCGCGAAGUGGAGCGCCUUGUUACGGCGCCUUAUGCACCUUCACUCCAGUCUACAACGUCACAAUCCAUUCAACUGUGGGCCUCUCACAAGCCGUGUCAAAUUGGGGCUCUAGUUGACGUGCUUGUCGAUGGUCUAUCGCGCUCUCGUUUCGCGUUGCCUCUACUUACAAUCUUUGUACCGGUUCCAACCGUCAGGGAUGUUCUGCUCGAGCGACAUCCAUGUCUUCUUGAUCAGUUCCUUCAAGGUGCUACCGACGAUGACAAGUCUGAGUAUGCCUUGGUGUGCACCGCGAUCCUAUCGUCUCCUCUACCGCCCGAGUUUAUAAUUCCGGCACGCUUGACACUGUUCAUGGAGAAGAUGAUACGUACAAUGGGAGAGGAUCCCCGCGCCGAAAACAUUCUACCUCUGAACCAAAUCUCCAAUGGCAUUAGAAGGUCACCUCGGCUCCUCGAAGAGAUCCCGUCUGAAUUGAUGGCUAGUCUUCAGGUAGAGCUUACGAAAACGCUGCGUAACCUGAGUGACCACAUGGGAAAUCUUCUUUGUCUAGCAACUUUUGCACGCAUGGCAUCCUUAGAAGAUUCUGGGUCCGAGAAAGGUUGUGUGCGGUUUGUUCCGUUGUGGUUGCAAAGUGUUAACCAUUUCUUUGGUCCCAAGCGUGGCUUGAAAACUUUGGACCUUGUCGUCCUGCGCGUUAUCCUCGCUUGCUCUGAUAGCUGCAGCGAUUUAACGGUAGACCAGGCAGCCGAGAGUAUCCGCUUGGCGAUCGAGAUUUGCGAUAGAGUCGAGCAAGAACAGAGAGACACCUGGAUUAAGGCAAACGCCUCCAAGAUUGCCAAGUUACGAGAGAAGAUUACCAGAAGUGGUAUUGACCCUGGUGUUCAACUGCUAGGAGCGACAUUCCUGGCAUCGCUGCUUCCAGUUGCAACUUUAUCAACCGAUAUAGCCCGAGUUGCGGUCGAUAGGCUUAUGAAUCAAGACAGCAAAUUCGUGUUCGGUGUGCUGACAUUGGAGUAUAUACCGCGACUUGUAGGGGCAAGUGUGGCGUGUUUAGGGGUGACUGCGAUACGCAGUCUGCUUGAAUAUAUCGUCUCUUCUUUAGAUACCACCAGCUCUCCGAGCUUGGCUCAUGUUUUAGUGGCUAAAUCGUUGGUUACAGGGCUGCAUUCUGCAUCCUUGAACUCCGCUAUAUUUGCGGAACCUCUUGAACAAUGCCAGCAAGUCAUGUGGAAGACAAUUGAAAGUUUUCCCAGGGAACCCUUCUCAUCACCAUGCCAUGGCGCUCAUACAUGCGGAGUUGCACGUUCGCAACUGGAGAAUGAGCUAAUAUACGACUUUUUAUCCUUCCACCUCCAUGCAGUGCUAUCACAGACCAAAACCCAGGACACAAUAGCUGGGAAUGCGACCUUGCAGAUGUUUCUGGCUCAAAACAAGCAGUUAUUGCAUAAGCAUAAAUGCUCAUUCUCGGAAACUGAACCAAUUCGGACCGCCAAAACCUAUCCGCCACUCAACGUCCGUGGGGACCUUUCCGGUCCCAGUUCGCGGUCUGAUUGGAGAUCCUCUGUGUCAGAAGCACUCAUGCUCAAUGCGCGUGCAUCGAAUGACAGUAUUAUGCGUAAGAUGGAGGAGGUGUGCUAUGAUCUCGAGCAACGAUGUGAUAAUGUUGAAGCCCCACUGCGGGCGAUGGAGCAAGAGCGGAACGCGAUUUCAGCUGACGCGCAGCAUCUGCAAGAGCAGAAUAGCGCAUUGGAGCUGCAGUUGCAACAAGCAUCCGAUACAAUUGGCAGGCUUCGGCUGGAAAUCUCUCGGUUAGAGACUCAUGCGGAAGCUGCGUCCAUUCGCGCUGAAGAAUUAUCGGCAACUCUCGACGCAGCUCGAAGAGACCUUGCAGAUCAGAAGCGCGAGUCCCAAGAUACCAUGGCAAGCGAGGUAGAAAAGGCCCGCACUAGGGAGCUGGACUUGAUCGCAUCUAUAACUGAAAGGGAUGAUCAGCUGGAAGCGUUGCAGGAGGAAAUCAUGGCUCAAAGAACGGAGAAUACAAACCUGCAGAACGCGCUAGGUGAAACCUCGAAAGAGAAGUUGUCCUUACUUGAGACGAACGGAUCCCUCAAUCAGAACUUGGAGGGGCUCGAAGAGAAACUCAGACAAUGCGAAGUGCUUUUAGUCCAGAAGGACGAAGACCAAAGGCAGAUUCUGACCGAGAAAGCAGAAAUUGAGAGGGAAAUUGAAGCCCUUCGGAUUCAGCUUGAUGAAGAGAAGACGGAAUCCAACAGGUUGGCGUCCGCGCUUGACAAAGCCGAGGGGCACCUUCGAGGGGAACGAGAAACUGUCAGAGAUUAUGAGACUCAACUUUCGGCGGCAAAUGCAAAGUACGAGGCCCAAAAGGAAGAAAUGUUCGCGCUGCGGAUGGAUAUGCAGGCUGCCGCAUCCGACGCCACCAAGGAGCUGCAAACGAAGGAUAAGCGGAUACACCACCUGGAGAAGAAGGUGCAACAACUACGGAAUGAACGAGCAGCCAAAGCCCGCGAGUUCUCUGAAGCCCAGCAACAUAUCGGACGCCUAAUGAAUGUUAUGGGGAUCCGGGUCGAGACCGACGGGACGAGGCCCGAGAACAAACAGACGAGGAAGCCUGGUGCAAGGUCCUCCCAGACAGCCACAACACAGCAAACGCCGCCGACGGAGGACGAUUUGCAAACCCAGCCUGGGAACUCACAGGUGGAACCAUUCGAAAAUAGCUUGUCUUCCCCUACCAGCCGUAGUCCGAAGAGGACUAUAGAUAAUGCAUUUCCCGCGACUGAUUCAUCAUCGCAACACAUGAGGGUCGGCAGGAAGUCGAGGAAUGUAACACCCCAGCACAGACGAACACCCCUCGAAGAUGCCGACUUGAAUAGCCAGCCGGGCGGACAGCGGAGUCCCGCGUCGCAGCGCAGCGAAUGUGGCACUUCUGACCAAGUUCGGACUCGUGGCAGCCUGGAGGAGAACCAACUUCAGCAAAUAGACCUGGACAUGGACCUGGAGUUUUCAAAAGACUUCCUCUUCACAAGCACAUCUUUAUCAGCGACCAAUGAUCCCAUUCCAUACUCACAGACACAGCAGUACUACAAUCAUUCAGACGCACUUAGUCCGAUUUGUCCGGUUCUAAAGUACCUAAAUCAGGGGCUAAGCCUAGAAUAUUGGACCGCUAUCCAUAGCAUUCGUGUUCAUCCAAGCCACAUUGAACUCUCGGCCUGCAGCCCCCGGUCAGGCUGCUCCGUGGCGGCGCAUCUGAAGAGUAGAAGGGCCAUGGCCAAACGCCCGGAAGCUCCACUUAAUGGUGUGUCACUGUGA